GCUGGGGCCGCGGCCGCUUCCUACUUCCGGUUGGUGGCGCGGGCUGUUGGCGGCGCCAAGUGCCCCCGGCCCGUCAUGCGCGGCCCAAGCGCUCCUUCCGGCCCCGCAGUCUUUCCCCAAUAGGAUGGGAGACAAGAUGUUUGAUAUCAGAGCCUGGGCUGAAUAUAUCGUGGAAUGGGCUGCCAAGGACCCAUAUGGCUUUCUGACCACAGUGAUCCUGGCCCUGACGCCGCUCUUCGUCAUCAGUGCAGCGCUGUCGUGGAAGCUGGCCAGAAUGAUUGAGGCCAGGGAGCGAGAGCAGAAGAAGAAACAGAAACGCCAGGAAAAUAUUACAAAAACCAAACGAACAAAGAAGGACUAAGCAGCAGGGGGGGAGCCUUCCUUGUGCAAGGCAUCUGCUUCUCCUGGUUCAGUACUGUUGUACAGCUGUAUCUUGUGUUACCUUCCUCUGAAACUUGACCUGGUGUAAAUCUUCCGGAAUGAAGGUUUAAGUCUUGAAAUAACUCAUUUUCCGCUUAUCAAUUUGUGCUAAAGUUUGCGUCUAAACUGCAAUAAUUUUUGCUAAAUACAUACUUCAUUUAGAUAUUCAUAUUCUGAUCAAGCUAGCUUUUGUAAACUCACAUGCCAUGUGCUUUUGUAAACUUCAUAUUUGUGGGGGACUUCUUUUUCUAAUACAAAUGUCAGCAAUUGUUUAAAUGCAGCAAAAUUUAAAUUAUGGGAGGAAGCAAAACAUCUGACUACUACUUAUGUUUAAAUACUGCAGCUGUUGUAUAAUACUUUUUCUACUAUUGGUUUAUUUCUGUAGUAGAACUUUUCUUUUGUUUUCAGUCUCUUUUGGGAGUAGCAGUUGGUCCUUUAACAGUUAUCUGUUUUGUGCUUGCUGGAUGGGAACAUUAUUUCUAAUUCACAUUAACUCAACUAAAGUCUUGUCCACAAGGGGAAGUUACUGUGAAAUAAAGUAGGGGGUGAAUUUUCAGCAUAUUAGCUACUCCACACUGACUCCCAGUGGACAUUUAGCAUGCAGCAUGUGUAACAUAGCUUACUUUAAAAGUUACCUCACACUUAACCGUCUGCUAAGUAUGCACAUAGGUGUUAGUGUGCAACAGCUGUAAAUUUACUCCAGGUUUUUUAUGGCAGCAGCUUCCCUGUGUAGACAUGCCCUUAGUUAACACAAAUGGCACUCUAUCCACAUCCUUUAUCACUGAGCCCUUUCAGAUAGAAACUGUUCAGAACUAAGCUGUAAGCCAACUGCCCAAUUCAUCUUAACAGUAUUCUAAGUUGAGUAGAUUUUGCAAAAUCUCUGCAAAAUGAACAACUUAGUUAUGUUAUAUACUAAACAAGUAUCAUUCUUGUUUCAGGUGACACUAAUAGUAUCUCUGGAGGAACAGAAUAACUAACUAUUUGGAUAUGAGCAACUUUGAAAGGAAUGGCUGAAUGAAAAGAGACUGCCAGAUGCAGUCUUAGUGCUGUAAACAUGCCACAGUUAUUGGCCUUUAGUUUCAACUUCAGUUAUAUUUUUCUUCCCAAAGAAUAACUGUAUCAUUGCAAAUGCCUUUAUAGCAUAAUAUCAUGCUUCAAUAAAGCUCACUUCUUAUUUUGUUGGGUUUCAAGAAACCUAUAAUAGAGACUAAAAACUUGAAACAGGAUCAGAAUAGAUGUCAUAAUAAGAAUGAAGAUAGUUGGUGUUCCUACUAGUGUUCUUGUAUCAGUCCCUUUGCUGAUAUAAAGGGUAAGAGCAGUGAAAGCGGGUGCUAUAUCUAUAUUGCUGAACAGAUGAAGUGAGUGAGCAAUUAAUACCAGGAAUCAGAAGAGAAGGCUUGAGUUAAUUAUUUGGGUUGGGUGUGAAACAUCCAAAUGCAACCAGUCUUAGUUGGUGCUCUUCCCCAAUUUUGUUGUUCAGGACAAAUGUUAAUGUAAUGCAUGCUUUUCUCAUGACACUGGAUUAAAUUUUCUCCAGAGUCUCUUCGAAAGGGGUUACACUUUGAUACCUACAUGCAUAAUGUGGAAGAUUCAUUUUAAAAUGAAACUACAUUGCAAAAAUAAAUUUGUUACUUUUUUUUCUUAAGAUA